AAAAACAGACGCUGGCAGGACCGGCGUGACGUGAAUGCUGUGAUACGUGAUUAAAGCUGCUGCUGCUGCUGCUGCUGAUGAUGAUCGAGUCGUCACGUAGUGCACGUAGCGGAUUGGAAAUGAGGAAAUAAAGAGGAAGCUGACAGCUGAUCACCUCCUCCUCCUCCUCAAAGCUGCUGCUGCUGCUGCUGCUUUCAUUCACACGUAGCUGAAGUUUAACAAACAGAGGUCUGUGCACACAAGAGAGGUCGUUAUGAAGCUGGUGGUCUUCGUUCCUGUCCUCCUCCUCCUCCUCGGGGCUUCCGGAUAUGCAGAGUGCAGGUGUUUCUGCCAGGUCACAGGUGACCUGGAUGACUGCACCUGUGACGUGGAGACCAUCGACAACUUCAACAACAACCAGCUGUUCCCCAAACUUCAAAGUCUUCUGGAGUCUGACUAUUUCAGAUUCUACAAGGUGAACCUGAAUAAGCCAUGUCCUUUCUGGACUGCCAGCAGUGAGUGUGGUCUGAGGGACUGUGCGGUGAAGCCCUGCUCUCCUAACGAGGUGCCCGAGGGGCUUCGAUCCUCUUCCCACAACAAGUAUUCAGCAGAAGCUAACGAGCAGCAGGAUGAAUGUGAGAAGGCAAAGCAUCUGGGAGCUGUAGAUGUCUCUUUAAGCGCUGAGACCAGAGAGGCUCUGCUCGACUGGAGCAAACACGAUGAUGAAGCUGAACGCUUCUGCGUAGUUGACGACGAGGACUCACCAGACUCCCAGUACGUCGACCUGCUGCUGAAUCCAGAACGUUUCACAGGCUACAAAGGACCAGAGGCCUGGCAGAUCUGGAACAGCAUCUAUGAAGAGAACUGCUUCAAACCAUAUUCCAUCAAACGACCGCUAAAUCCCAACGCAUUCCAGAGCAGCUCAGGAAGUGAAGCAAGGACCUUCUACAGCUGGCUGGAAGGUCAGUGCGUGGAGAAAAGGGCUUUCUACCGGCUCGUCUCAGGUCUCCAUGCCAGCAUCAACAUACACCUGAGCGCCAGAUAUCUGCUGGAUGACAGCUGGUAUCAGAGGAAGUGGGGUCACAAUGUUUCCGAGUUCAGACAGCGUUUUGACUCUGAGCUGACGGCCGGCGAAGGGCCCAAGAGGCUCCGCAACCUUUACUUCCUGUACCUGAUAGAGCUGCGAGCGCUGGCCAAAGUUCUGCCGUUCUUCCAGCAAUCGUCCUUCCAGCUGUACACGGGCAGACCCGAGGAGGACCAGGAACACAAAGAGCAGCUGCUGCACAUCCUGCAGCUGGCCAGAUCUUUCCCUUUGCACUUUGAUGAGACCUCUCUGUUUGGUGGGGAUGAAAAGGAAGCAGCCAAACUGAAGGAGGAUAUCAGACUGGCCUUCCUCAACAUCUCCAGGAUCAUGGACUGUGUCGGGUGCUUUAAGUGUCGCCUGUGGGGGAAACUGCAGACUCAGGGAUUAGGCACAGCUCUGAGGAUUUUGUUUUCAGAGCGACAGAUUGAAGCUCUGCCCAAAUCCAGUAACCAGCAACCCACUUUCCAGCUCAGCCGGCAGGAGAUCGUCUCCCUGUUCAACGCCUUCGGAAGGAUUUCCACAAGCGUCAGGGAGCUGAAGAACUUCAGAGUGCUGCUCGCAGAGGAGCAGUGAGGACAGUGGGAGGAGUCUGCCUUCACCUGCCGGCUCUUCUCUGAUGGGUUUUAUUUGGACAUGUGCACUUUUGUGGUCCCAGACCACCGCCUGCCAUCUUUCCUACUGUCUUAAACCUGCUGAAAUGUAGACUGAAAGAUCUGCUUUAAUCAGCUAAUGUGCAAAGAAAUGAUUAAUCCCUUUCUCUUGAAUUACAAUAAAUCACAUUUUAUUUUUA